UAUACAAUAUAAAUGAAUGACAAAAUAUUGUCAAUUUAUAAUCAUAUAAGGUGAGGCACGUUUUUCAGAUUUUUAAAGUGUGUUAUCUGUUUAAUUUCUGGAAUGCCUAAUAAGUAUGAUGAAUACUUAUUUCUAUAGCCGUAUAGAACAAAAGGAUCUUCUAAGAACCAAUGCAUCAUACGGUACUUAUAAAUAGAGUUCAAAUUACGGAAGUCCACACAAACAUUUAUGGACGACUAUACAAUAAAGGUAUUAUCAUGGCUUGGGAUAUCGAUGGUUACUACGUACCGAAUUUUGUGGGUCAAAUUAUAUAAAAAUAUUAGACAAGCCGAAGAAAGAAAUAAGCGAAAACGAAUUGAAAACAUUAAAACCGUAAUCAAAUUAAUAACAAACGACACGAAGGCAUUGAUAAAUUGGAUGAAAGACGACCAAACAGAUACCACUUGGAUGGAACCCGUUACAAAACAUGAAUCCAUAAAAUUUCAAAUGGUAUUAUUGGUCGAUGAAUCCGUUACUGUUACGUACCGAAUUAUAAUUUUACAAGACUCAACCGCUGAUAAAAAAGAAUUACUAAAAUGGAUUGGGGAAAACAUUAAACAAAUUACUGUUUGUAAUCGAGGUGACAACAAAUUGGUAACUGAAUGGAUAAAACACAAAUAUUCAACGUUGACGGAAACAAUCGUGAAAGACGCCAAUACGUUUAUAAACAUGAUAGCCGGAGACCACGAAAGGUUAGACGAACAAACUAAACAAGAUAUCAAAACUUUAACUGAAAUGAUCUGGUUAUCAUCCAGUAACACGUAUAGAAAUUAUGAUAUUGUUUUAUCGAAACCCAUAAGCAAUAAGGGCACAAUGGCAGUAAACAAAGAAACAUAUCUUAACAUGAUUAAAUUGAUAGAAAAGGAGAAAGAAUCUAUGAAUUCACUGAUACAAAAGGAAAAGAACACGUUGACUGACUUGAUAGAAAAAGAGAAGGAAGCUUUUACACAAUUGUUGGAAAUAGAGAAGAAUACGAUGGCUGACUGGAUUGCGAAAAGGAAGGACAUGCUAAAUGAAUGGAUACAUAAAGAAAACGAAACAAUGGAAGUAUUGAUGAGAAAAAAGAAGGACAAGCUAAAUGAAUGGAUACAAAAAGAAAAGGAAAGAAUGGACGUAGUGAUAAGAAAAGAGACGGACAUGCUAAAGGAAUGGAUAGAACAAGAAAAGAAAACAAUAGAAGAAUUGAUAGGGAAAGAGAGGGAAAUACAAGAGAAAUGGAAAAUAGAAAGAAAGACAUUGGCUGAGCUGCUGAACAGAAAUAGAGAAACGUUAAUAAAAUUAAUAGGCAAACAGAAAGAAGAAGUGGCAAAAUUUAUCAGAAACUUAAAAAUUAAGUUAACUAAGCCGACAAUAGAGGGAUUCUACUUUGACAACAUAGCUUAUAUUUUGUUUAAAAUUGUAGUAUUUACAUGGUGCAUAUAUUUAGUCUAUUAUAUUGUGUUUAUUACAUGAAUCUAAAAUACUUAAGAUGAAUAGCUAAUAAACAGACAUUUUUAGCUUGUUGCUUAAGCUUUGGUUUGGGUAAUUUUAAAAUAAUAAGACCCAUGUACAGAUAACAGUCUUGUAUUACAACUUCAACUUCCGUUGAAUGUCCUUACAUGGAGGGAGAUAAAAAAGUGCAUUUUUUCUGGUUUUUUUUCUGUUUGUUU